GGCACGUAACAGUGUAGGCUAGCGACUGUGGCUAGCAGCCAACAUCUCCUACUGUAUUGACUGUGCAGGAGCCAAGGGAGGGUUUUUUUUGCAUUUGAGGGGAGAUUUUUCGUUUGACAGGAUAUUGAUGUCAUUUUGUGGCACACAAAACGGCGGCCGCCGCAGCAAAUGGGACCAGCCCGGCCCCGGCUCGGGCUCUGGUGGGAUGGGGGAGGCUGAGGCUGCACCCACCGGGGCUCUGGAUGCUGCAGCUGCUGUGGCUGCCAAGAUUAAUGCCAUGUUGGUAGCCAAGGGCAAACUCAAACCCUCACAGAUAGGAACCCCGGGACCACCUGAUAAGGUUGUAGGUGUUGGGAAGCCUCCAGUGCCAACGAAGGCCAAGGAUGACUUGGUCGUAGCUGAGGUUGAGAUCAAUGACGUCCCGAUCACCUGUCGGAACCUCCUUACACGCGGACAAACACAAGAUGAGAUCAGUAAAGUGAGCGGUGCUGCGGUUUCAACCAGAGGCCGUUACAUGACAGCAGAAGAGAAGGGCAAAGCGUUACCAGGGGAUCGACCCCUGUAUCUGCACGUUCAAGGACAGACUAGAGAGCUUGUUGACAGGGCAGUUAAUAGAAUCAAGGAGAUUAUCACCAACGGUGUGGUGAAGGCUGCAACCGCCUCGUCAUCUUCAUCCUUCUCCCCCAGUGGGGCCACAGUCACAAUUUACCAGCAGCACAACCCACCUCCUCCCUCACUGCCCCCCAUGACCCACCACAAACCACACUUUCAGUCUGGGAUGCAUUAUGUUCAAGACAAAGUCUUUGUGGGCUUGGAGCAUGCUAUCCCGGGGUUUGUGGUUAAAGAGCGGGUCGAGGGCCCCGGCUGUUCGUACCUGCAGCACAUCCAGGCCGAGACAGGAGCCAAAGUCUUUCUCAGAGGAAAAGGAUCAGGCUGUUUAGAGCCUGCCUCUGGACGAGAGGCCUUUGAACCCAUGUAUAUCUACAUCAGUCAUCCUAAACCAGAAGGGCUUGCAGCAGCAAAAACCUUGUGCGAGAACUUGCUUCAGACAGUCCAUGCAGAGUAUUCUCGCUUCCUUAAUCAAAUGAGCACAAUGAUGCCAACACAACAAGGCUUUGCACAGCCUCCAGUGGUGAACGGGAUGCCUCCACAGCCUGCUUACUACCCACCUGCUGGAUACCAGCCCGGCUACCCCAUGCCUGUACCACCACCACAGCCGCAACCUGUACCUCCACCUUACACUGUCCCACCUCCUAUACCUCCCGCAACACCUGCAGGACUGCCUCCUCAGUAUCCCCUCCCACCCGCACACGCCCCUGCUCCUGCCCCCGCACCUGUUCCAGCUCCAGCUCCAGCUCUUGCCCCUGCGCCUGCUCCUGUUCCAGGCACCAUGCCACAGACACUUCCCCCCGUACCCUUUCCUCCAUCAGCUGCAGCGCCACCCAAAGCUCUACCUUCCGCCGCCCCAUCUAACCCACCACAGAAAAGACGCUUCACAGAGGAGGUCCCAGACGAGAGGAAUAGCGGCCUACUUGGCUACCAGCAUGGACCCAUUCAUAUGACUAAUUUAGGUGCAGGCUUCCCAGUGGGCAGCCCGGACACUACUGGACCCCCACCGCCGAGUUCCUCUGGCCCACCGAGUGAGAGGGACAGUAGGCAGCUAAUGCCUCCACCUCCGUUGCCUGUGAAUGUAGUGAGACCGAAGAUGGAGGAGAGAAGGGCACUGCAAGGCGCCGUGGAGCCUGCAGUGAAGAGAUUGAAAACUGGUUUGGUAGCAUACACCGGCGACUCCUCUGAUGAAGAGGAGGACCACUCAACCUCCAAAGCCUCAGGGCUAGGUAACCCUGGGGCAGUUCCCCCUACCUCCACCUCCUCAGGCUGGACACAGGGCUAUCGCUGCCCUCCUCCACCACCUCCUCGUGCUAAAACACAGGCACAGCCGUCUAUGCCUUUCUGGAUGGCACCCUGAAGCAGGAAAAAAAAAAUCUAAACUCCCUCAGUGCUUUGUGCCGAGUCUUACAGGAUGUUCACCCAAACUGAGCCUGUCUUUUUCCAUCACUCAUCACCUGCUCAUCACAUGGAUGACUCUUAACACCUACAUGUUGGUUGCAGCAUUAUUUUUAGUACUUGGGUCCAAAUAGACAUACUAAUGUUUUGGAAAACUCCUGUUUGUUUCUUUUGGUGCACGCAUUAUAGUUUGAAGAUGAACAUUUGCAGGACUGAUAUUCCAAACUAUAUUGUGAAUUUAUAGAAGGUCAGAUGAGCGAUAAUCUGCGUCCGUUUUAUUUGGAAUGGAAUAAGAACACAUGCCAGGUGAAGUGUUUGAAUAUAGUGUCUUUGUAAAAACAUCACAAAGCAAUGAUGUUGUAAAUCACUGACAUUUUUCAUUUUAUCCCUUGUACAGCUUCUGACUUUGUCACCACCUUCCCUUUUUCACUGUCCAUGUCAGUGACACCAUCCUUUUCUAUUCUGGUCUUUUUGUAUAGAUCAUGUUGGACUAAUAUGUCAUAAACAUAUUACAUUUAUUUCAUGCUUCUAUGAAAUAAAUAAACUUAAUUUAUUGCUG